AUGGGCGACGGCGGCUAUGAGCAAUUUCAACCACCAAUACCGAUAUUUCCGCCACAAUCACCGCCGACAAAUUUCAGAUCAGACAUGGCCGACGGCUUUCAACCACCACCACCAUUAUUUUCGCCACAAUUUCAACAACCAACACAAAUGUUUCAGCCACAAUUUCAACCACCGAGUUUUCAACCUCGCCACCUUCAACAUUCUCCUCGAUUUUUAACACCACCGAAUUUUCAACCUCGCCACCUUCAACAUCCUCGAUUUCUACCACCUCCGAUUUUUCAACCUCGCGACCGUCAUCCUCCUCCUCGUUUUCAACCUCCUGCGCGAUUUGAUAACCCUAACCAAAGAAACCUUCAUCCUCCUCCUCGAUUUCAACCUCCUGCCCGUUUUGAUAACCAUUAUCAAAGCGAUCUUCAUCCUCCUUCUCGAUUUCAACCUUCUGCGCAAUUUGAUAACCCUAAUCAAAGGGCUUUUACAACAUUGCAGCAAGUAACUACUGAAACAAGUUCUGGAACAAAGGAAAACACAUCUGAAACAAGUUCUGCAACAAUAGGAGAAACAACAUCAGCUUAUUUUUCAGGUUCAAAAGAUAUUUGGAACGAUUUAACAGAGGAUGAUAUUAGAGGACCUUUGACUGGAUAUACUGGCACUGUAGAUGAACUACAUGAACUUUAUGACAAACAUUCAAUACUUCUUGGAUUUUCAAUAAGAAAAAACACAUUAAGGAGAGAUAAAAAAACGGGAGAGAUAAAGGAAAGACACUUUUGUUGUUCAAAGGAAGGAAAGAGAAAGGAAAACACAAAGAACACAAAGAAAGAAGAAGCAACUGUAUCAAGUGAGAGCAAACAGAAAGAGCAGUCAAAGAACGCAAGGCAGCAAAACCUUACUAGAACAGGGUGCAACGCAUCUAUACGAUUGAAGUUACAAAAGGAUGGAAAGUUUAUAGUCUUUCAUCAUGUUAUAGAACAAAAUCAUGCCUUAACAAGAGAGUCACUGCAAAACUUUCAAAGAUCACAAAGAAAAAUUGAUGAAGAAAAGGGAAAAGUAAUUGAAGGACUCACACUAUCAGGAAUAACACCAGCAGAUUCCUAUAGAUAUAUGUGUAAUGAAGCUGGCGACGCAAGGGUCGUUGGACACACAUUAGUUGACCACAUAAAUUUCACAAGUAGAUUGAAAAUGAAAAGACUAGAAGGAAAAGAUGCACAAGCAGUUGUAAACAUGUUAAUUAAGAGAGGAGAAGAAGAUCCAAACUUUUAUUUUCGAGUAAAGGUGAACGAGGCAAACCAAGUAAUAAGCAUGUUUUGGAGGGAUGGAAUGAUGCAAGAAGAUUAUGACAUAUAUGGUGAUGUCUGUGUCUUUGACACAACUUUCAGAACAAACAAAUACAAUUUAGUUUGUGCGCCAUUUGUAGGUGUCAACAACCAUUGGAGUAAUGUGAUGUUUGGUUGUGCUUUUAUUGCUGAUGAGAAGACACACACUUUUGUGUGGCUAUUGGAAACAUUUCUGGACUCUAUGGGAGGCAAAGCACCUAUAACUAUCUUUACAGAUCAAGAUCAAGCAAUGGCAAAUGCUAUUGAACAAGUAUUUCCUAAUACAAGACAUAGAUUAUGCUUAUGGCACUUACAAAAGAAUGCUGUGUCAAGAUUUGGAGACUUAAAAGCUGACAAUACAUUCAAAGACACAUUCAAGAAGUGCUUAUAUCGUUGUUACAAUGAAGAAGAAUUUGAAACCACUUGGUUUGACAUGAUUACUAAGUAUAACCUUCAAGAUCAUGAUUGGUUUACAAAUCUCUAUACAAUAAAAGAAAAAUGGUGUACAACUUUGAACAAAGAUUUUUUCUCAGCUGGAAUAUUGUCUUCACAAAGGAGUGAGAGCACUAACAAUGCUAUUGGAUUUAAAGGGAACAAAUCAACUUCACUAACAGAAUUCUUUCACAUUUUUGGAGCAACAGUGGAUCGUUGGAGAUAUCAAGAAGAUCAAAAUGAAUAUGAUUGUGGAAAUGCUUUGCCUAAAUCUGAUUUUCCAAUGGUCGGAAUGAUAAAACAUGCGGCAAAUGUUUACACACUUACAUUGUUUAGAGAUUUUGAAAAAGAAUUCAAGUAUGCAAUGGGUUGCAUCUCAAAUGUCAACUACAUCAAUGGAAAUUUCUUUGGUUACAAAGUGCAACAUGAAUCUUGGCCUGAACAUACUGCCCAUUAUGUAGCAUUUGAUCCAACAACAAAUUCCAUUAAAUGCACUUGUAGGAACUUCGAAGAAUCAGGAUGGCUAUGUUUCCAUGCAAUACGAGUUCUACAUAUACAUUCUAUUGUCAACAUUCCAGAGCAAUACAUUUCAAAAAGGUGUACAAAGUUUGCAAAAAGUGAAGUAUGGAAGAGAAUGGAACAUAGAGAAGAUAAUGGAACAGAAAAGAGAAAAAUUACUCCAUGGCGUUAUGAGAUGGCAAGAAAUUUGUACAACUUGGUUAUUAAAUGUCAAGGGAGUGAUGCAGCUAAAAAGGUGCUUAAAGAGGCUUAUGCUCAUGCUAACGAAAGCAUAAAUAAGGUUCUAGAAAAAGAAAAAGCAGCACAAAAGGAGGCAGCACAAAAGGCACAAGACGAUGUUGAAGCACAACAAACCACAAUCAACAUAGCACCGUCUACAUCAUCAUCAUCAUCAUCAAAUGCACCACAAAUAAUAGUUGAAAAUCCACCACUAGUGAAGACAAAAGGAAGAAGUAAAAGAAAAAAAGGAUUCUUUGAGAUAAGGACAUCGUCAACAGCACCUACAGAAUUUGGAACUUUUACACCAAAAGAACAACUUUUUUAG